UUAUAAUUGUAACAAUUUAAUAAUUGUUAAAAAAUCAUGACUUCUUCGGAUUGUAAAAAACAUUAUUUACGUUUAAGCGAAUAUAAAAAUAAGAAUGUAGAACUGAAAGUUAUGAAAAAUAUUUUAAAUACAAAAGAUAGCAUACUUCAACACAAAAAAAGAAUGCUAAAGGAAAAAUAUGAGGAAUUGGAUAAUGUAAAUUAUAAUGUUUGGGAUACAGAAGAUAAGUUUUGUAAUGAAAUGUGGAAUUUUUCUUUAGAACAUAAUUUUGCAUUUUUUAAUCAAUAUCCUGAUAUUAUGGAAAGUGAUAAAAAUCAUAAAUGUAAAUAUAGCAGUAUACUUAAUGAAAAUGUAAAAGAAACUGAUAUACAAAAGGAAACCAUACUUGCAAAACUAAAAUAUGAAAUUGAUGUUAUAAAUAAUGAAAUAACAUUUAUUUGCAAUAAAAAUACUGAGCAGGAUAUAGAGAAAUGUAAAUUUACUUUGAAUAAUUUAAAAUUAUUUACAGAAGAAAUAUUAGAAGUUCUAAGAUUAAUAAACACUUCAGAAAAUUUACUGAAUAUAUCCAACAUAUCUGCACACAAAGUGCCAAAUAAAUGUAUGAAUAAAGAAUUUAUAAGUGCAAAAAAAUUAUUCAAAAAGUCUACUUUUCAUACUGGUAUAUUUGUUGGAAAAAAAAUGACAACUAUUUCAAAUACAGUAAUUGAAAGGUCUAAAGUAGGAUACAAUAAUAAUAAUAAUAAUAACAAUAAUAACAAUAAUAACAAUGGUUCCAAAGAUAAUAGUAUUGUAAGAUUUGGCAAAUUCAUUAUGAAAAAACAAAGUGUUAUUUCUUUAAAACAUCAAAAAUCCUAGGAUAAUUAAAAAUACAAUCAUACUGCAUAUAUGUAUUUAUAAAGGUAAUUCAUUUUUUUAUGUUUCGU